UGAGCAGAGAGAAGACCUUACCCUUCUUCUGGGAGACCAUUCAGGUGACCAGAAAAAUGGCCUCGGGGCUAACAGCCAGGAGAGAAGCAGCCAUUGUGUCCUUCCAGGAUGUAGCUGUGGACUUCACCCGGGAAGAGUGGUGGCUGUUGAGCCACACUCAGAGGAUGCUGUACAGGUGUGUGAUGCUGGAAAACUAUAGCAACUUGGUCUCCCUGGGAAUCCCAUUUCCCAAGCCAACACUUGUCAUUCUGCUAGAGCAGGGGGAGGGACCCUGGACAGAAGAGGGUGAAGCUCAGCCCAGCUCCUGCUCAGCAGAUGCAAAGCCAGAAAUUCAACUUGGUUCCUCCUCUGCUCUGGACUUCUGCAGUUGGCAACGCCAACACAGGCUACACGAUCAUUGCCUUCCAAUCUGCCCAGGCUUGCUAGCAGGCACUCUCUGCCCAGCCUACCAUAAACAGCAGCAGCAGCAAUCACUCUCUUAUGAAAGCUUCUGCAACGACAGAGUGAAAGACGAUGACAGAGAAGAAGGCUCCACAUCAUUGCUGGAGAGGACAAGGAGGAGGUUCACCUCCAGAGCUUUCUUCAGCCCACCUGAUGGACAGCUGAUAAGCUUGAGGGAAGGCAAGACAGUGAUGGAAAUAAAGCUCAGCUCAGCUGAGAAGGCAAACCAUUUAGAAACAGAGAAAGUAUUAAAGUGGGUAGGUUUCUCAGGAUUUGAAGUAGCGAAUUGUGGAAAUUGUGGGCUAGGCUUUAGCCAGAAAUCAGCCCUCUUUGUUCAUCAGAGGAGCAACUCAGGAGGAAAGCCUUAUUUUUGCAGUGAGUGUGGUCGAAGCUUCAGCUAUAAAUCAGCUCUCAUCACACACGAGAGAUCACAUACAGGGGAGAAGCCUUACAUCUGCACAGAAUGUGGGCAAGCCUUUAGCCAGAAGUCUAACCUAGUCACUCACAAGAUGGCCCACUCUGGGGAGAGGCCUUUCACGUGUGAGGAGUGUGGACGAAGCUUUAGCCAGAAGUCAACUCUUACCAGACACCUGAGGACACACUCAGGGGAGAAACCCUUUGUGUGCCAGGAGUGUGGGCGGGGCUUUCGGGAUAAGUCAAACCUUAUCACCCACCAAAGGACCCACUCAUGGGAAAAGCCUUAUGUGUGUAGGGAUUGUGGGAGGCUUUUUAGAGACAAAUCAACUCUCAACAAACAUCAGAGAAUUCAUUCAGGGGAGAAUUCACAUUUGUGCCCUGAAUGUGGCCGGAGCUUUAGUCAGAAAUCGUACCUCAUGAAACACAAGAGGACACACUCAGGAGAGAAGCCUUUUGUGUGUCAGGAGUGUGGACGAGGCUUUAGUGAUAAGUCAAACCUUACCACACACCAGAGGACACACUCAGGAGAGAACCCCUAUAUGUGUGCAGAGUGUGGUCGAGGGUUUAGUGUUAAGUCAGCUCUUAUGACACACCAAAGGACUCACUCUGGAGAGAAGCCUUACGUGUGCCAAGAAUGUGGGCAUGGCUUUAGACAUAAGUCAACUCUUGUUGCACAUCAGAGGACGCACUCAGGAGAGAAGCCUUUUGUGUGUGGGGAAUGUGGGCGAGGCUUUAGACAGAAGUCACAUCUCAUCAGUCAUCAGAGGACACACUCUGGGGAGAAGGCAUAUGUCUGCCCUGAGUGUGGGCAAGCCUUUAGCCAGAAAGCAAAUCUAAUCAGGCAUAAGAUGGCCCACUCAAGGGAGAAGCCCUUUGUGUGUAGGGAGUGUGGGAGAGGCUUUACCCAGAAGUCAGCUCUCAUAAGACAUCACAGGACACAUUCUGGAGAGAAGCCUUUUGUGUGCCAGGAGUGUGAGCGGGGCUUUAGUGAUAAGGCAACUCUCAGCACACAUCAGAGAACACACUCAAGGGAAAAACCCUAUAUUUGCAGUAAGUGUGGGGAAGGCUUUAGGCUGAAAUCGCUCCUUGCUAGACACCAGAGGACACAUCUGUUAUAAACAAGCUUCAUGCACAAGAUGUGUAAGCAAGUCUUUAGUAAUAGGUCACAAAUUGUACCUCAUCAUGCAAGAAGAGAUAACUUUAGGGGAAAUCUCAUGUUGUCAAGGGUGGGACUUCAGAGAUACUAACUUUCAUCAGAGGGUAGAAAACCUACUUGUGUGAAACAAUGGUUUUCGAUUAGUGGCAAUUUUAUCCCCUGCCUAUGUGACAGUUGAUGAAAUCUAGAGACAUUUUCUUUUGUC